GCGUGUUGCGCAUCUUACACGAAAUCAAAGCAAGGAAAACAUGAGGAUUGCCAAGGACCACCUACAGUCAUUCUAAACCAUUGGAUAAGCACAAGACCAUUGUGUUGAUCCUAAUAACCCGACGCCUAGGUGCUCGGGGUUCUCCAAGGCAAUUGCGGCAGGUCGACUCUGGCCCCUCAAUCUUGAUGCCCUUCUAGAUAUUCACUCGCACAAUGAGGUCUUUAGCCAAUAUCCUUGUAGAUGAUGUUACUCUUCUCAUAAUGCGGGAGCUCUGUGUGAAGGACGUGUUGAAGAUGCGCUGCACCUGCAGGCAUAUUGCACAACUGACUAAGACAAAACAGCUAUGGUGUCAGCUAUACCGUCGAGUCGUUGCAGAGCAAGGCAUUCCUGUUUUCCCAUAUAUGCGACCACUCGACAUUCUAUCUCCAUCACUCGUCGAGGCUCUUGUAGUGCAUAUGGUCCGCUUGGAUGAAAAGACUAUGUCACAGAAGGGAGCGCGUCUCGUACCUCUUCAUCAACCACGGUCGGUGACAUGGAUUCGUCUCGUUCGUGGUCAGUGGCUUUUGGUCGCCUCAUCGGACCUGAAUACAAGUGUCAUUUCUCUCUGGUCAUUGAGUUCUCUUCUCUCGUCUCCCGAGUCUUCGAAGCCCAUUGUUGAGGCAUAUCUUGAUGCUCCGGUAGCUUAUGGUAUGGUUCAAUGUUAUAACGAUGAGCUUUUCGUUGCGCUGUAUCUUCGCGGAACGAAUUCGUUCAUCGACGUUCUGACGAUCCGCCAUAUCGACCUUCGGCCUUUUUUCUGUCAUAGCGCGCGGUUUACGGGGGCCUCUCAUUUGCGGUUCUUUGAUGGUGAUUGGAUUGGAUGUGCAGUUUAUGACGGAUACAGUAUUCCACAUAUUCUUAACUGGAAGACUGGCGACGUGGAACGGCUAUGCCCACUACCUGAUCCUAGAGGCGGAUGUCUUGCGAUGGCACGAUGGCAUAACUGCAUUGCGACGAUAACUCCGAAAACACUCGAGAUCUAUUUACUGAACCAUGAUGAACAAUCCCAUUAUGCCUUUUGGCGAGCCGUCGAUUUGCCGCGCGGCGUUGGUUCCGUCUCGUUCUUCUCAGAGGACUCAAAUUCUCCUCUACGUUUUUGUCUGUCAGGGUACCCUGGCAUAUUCUUAUACCAGGUAAAUUGCGACCCACUGGAUGAUCAGCUCAGCUUGAUGCUUCUGUGGAGUUACUGCCCCGAAUUUGCAUCACCUCGGCCCCUUAUCACAUUCCCUAGCUUCGGUGUCACCGGGCAAACUCUCUCAUGGCUAAGCACUCCUCGCCAUAAUCGCUACCAGUACUGUAGCUUUGUUGCCGCAAGAUUGUUUCAUUCUGACUCGGAAGGGCUCCCGCCUCUGUUUGAGCUGGAUGAUCCCAAUUUACCUGCACAGUACUUGUUCGGCGUACGCGACUUCGAUGAAGCUCGAGGUGUAGCCGUUUUUGGAAAUGGAUUUGGAGAACUGGUGUUGUAUGAUUUCAGUCAUUCAGAUCCAUACAUCAUUGAAAAGCUCUCACUUCCCGUCGCUCUCCUGCCCUAUGUUCCUGAAGAACAACUACCAGUACUACCCAUGCACGCAAUUACUUCUUUUGCAUCCCCGCCAUUCCCAUACUGCCGAUUCCAAGAUACCGACGAGGCUGAACGGAUGUCAUUGUUCGAGUUCUGGAGGUCAUAUACCCUUCCUCGUAUUCCUAUCGGGUGGGACACGGACUGGGAAAAUUCUAGUGUAUGGCACUGCUUCACUGGAAACCCACAAUCUCACAGGGAUCAUGCAUGGCUGCACGAGAAUGUGGCGUUCUUCCUUGGCCAGCCAAUUCUUCUUAUUCGCCGCGAUACCGAUUGGGGAGAUGAAGUGGUAUUCAUGGCAGGGGGUUUACUCUUUAUGUUCCUCGAGGAGACAGGCUGUCCGUGCCUCUUGGAUCCUUCUGUCAGUCUAGGAGACCUUCUUGCAGCUGUCGACGCUGGAAGCGAUCCAUGGGAGUUCACAGUCACAAAGUCCAGUUAUGAUGACUUCGCGCUGCAAGAAUACCGCCUCCGCACUAUGUACAUGUACGAAUGGGAACGUGUAAUCCUCAAGCGAAAUCGAUGGCAGGAGUUACAUGACAGAGGAGGUAACGUUCAUCCUGCCUUACUCGAGCCGUUCCCUGAACCAUCCAACCCGUUUCGUAAAUGGUAAUAUGGACUUCCUCUGGUCAUUAACGAUUCGCUUCUAUAUUUCCACUCGCAGACUUGUACAAGCGAGUUAUGUUUUGUUCCUGUUCACUAUGCUCUGUCUAUCUGAAUUUAGUUGUUGUUGCUCAUGUUGCCCCUGUGUUGUCCAACUGCCACAUGUUCGAAUGUCUAUCCCCCUUAUUCGCUCCAGACUGCUAGUGUAUUUGUUGAAGACACCCGACACCUAUGCCUAAAAAAUCUUGGAACCUCGCUCAAAACAUCAGCGUAACCUCAUCUUUGUAGACAAAAGUGUAUUUGCCUGAUAAUCUCACGACUCAGAGGGACCUAUAAAGUUAGAAGACAUUCAUUCUUA